AUGGUAGUUUUCACUUGCAACGCGUGUGGAGAAUCUGUGAAGAAAGCACAAGUUGAAAAGCAUGUGAACAUCUGCAGAAACUGUCAGUGCCUUUCCUGCAUGGAUUGUGGCAAAGAUUUCUGGGGUGACGAUUAUAAGGAGCAUGUGAAGUGUGUAAGUGAAGACCAGAAAUAUGGUGGAAAAGAUUUUGAAGCCAAAACUAACAAAGGAGAUGCUAAACAACAGGAGUGGAUUCAGAAAAUUCAUGAAGUAAUGAAGAAGCCAAACAUAAGCCCUAAAGUGCGGAACAUUCUGGAGCAAAUGCGUGUCUUUGAUAAUAUUCCAAGAAAAAAAGUAAAGUUUCAGAAUUGGAUGAAGAACAGUUUGAGAAUUACUGACAGCACUUUGCAAGACCAGGUGUGGGAUAUUUUCUCUGAAGCAACCAGAAAUACUUCAAGUGAAAAAGAACAAGACAAACCACAACAGAAGAAAGAGGGGCAGUCUGCAGAAACUGGGGAAAAAACAAUGGCAGAAGAAAAUGGAAUUACAGAUGAUAACAUUGAGAGGAAAAAGAAUAAGAGAGAACGAAAAGAAGAGAGACAAAAGAACAAAAAGAAGGAGAAAAAAGACUUGAAAUUAGAAAACCAGUCAGAAGUAAAGAAGAGUAAAAAGUCCAAAAAAGGAAAGGAGAGCUUGGAGAAUGAAUUUGAAAUAAAUGGAAAUGGCCAGCAGAGUGAAAUAGAAGAGGAGACAAAUGUAAAGAAACGCAAACAUAAACAUGCAGAGGAACCUGAGAUCACAACAAAGAGAAUGAAAACCGAAAACAUUCCAGAAGACAUGGAAACAGAAAACACCAAUGGCAACGAAGAAAAUGUGGGAACAGAUAAAGGUAAAUUCAACUGGAAGGGAACCAUCAAAGCUGUUCUGAAACAGGCUCCAGACAAUGAAAUUUCAAUUAAAAAACUAAGAAAAAAGGUUAUAGCUCAGUAUUACGCAGUAGCUGGUGAACAUCACAAGUCAGAAGAGGAUAUUCUAGUCAUAUUUAAUAAGAAAGUGAACAAUAAUCCCAAAUUUAAAGUUUUAAAGGACAAAGUUAAACUCCUGAAAUAA